AACAACAUGGAGGACGUAAUUUUUGAAAACCACUUUUUCAUCAUUUUCAGAAUGACCUUCAGCUCUCCAAUGGUUAUGCAAUUCACAGCCUUCUAAACAAAUAACCUAGAAUUGUUUUGUGAAGUAAAAGACGAACUCAACUGUUGUCAAUAUGGCUGAUGACCUGUCAGAUAUUGAUGAUAUUGAUACACUAAAGAGUUUUACAAUACCAAAGAAGAAGAGGCUAUCUGUAUCAGAUUCCCUUGUUGCCACAGAGCUUGGGGGACGUGAUGCACAAGACAUUCUCACCAUUAUCUCAGACUCUUAUCUUGAUCAACAAACAUACACAAGCGCCUGGAAUGUACACGCUGUACACCUCGUUCGCAAUAACAAACUGGAGACCAGAUUCAGAGAGAAGAGAGCGGCAUUGAAGGAGGAAGGACGCACAAGUAGAGAGUUAGAGGAGGGGUUCUCAUUCUCAUACUUUAAGGACAACCAGACAGUACAAGAUGUUGUCAGUAAUGGCCUUGGAAAGAGACCAACCAAGUUCAACAUCUUAGGUGAUACGAACAGUGGGGUAUAUGUAUGUAAGCAUGCAGACAUACAGCAACGGAUGGUGGAGAGGGCCAACCCUGAUGUCUACAAGCUUAUUAUUUACAAGGUGAUUUUUGGCAAAUGCAAACCCGUUGUGGCUUCUGCUGUGGGCCAGCUGACCAUUGACCCCACUCCUGGUUACGACUGCCAUGUCUCGCAACAGAAAGCUCAAGUCUCUGACCAUCAACACAUGCAAUUUGUACACUCACAACUUUAUUUCUAUGAGUAUGAUGAUGAGGCAGAGACUGUGAGUCAUCCACGUCAGGUGUUGCCAUAUGCAGUCGUCACAUAUGGUCGAGACCCCUUAGACGCAUCAUCAACAACUCACUUAGCAACAAUUGUAGAAAAUAAAUCUGAAUGUGCAAACAAGAAUAGUGAUAAACGUAAUGAUACAAAUAGUGGGAAAAAGAAACUUAAGCGAUCUCACUCUGAUUUAGAAAACAGUAAAUCUUCAGAAAAACCUAAUGAUGAAUCUGAAGAAAAUCCCGAUGAUGAAUCUGAAGAAAAUCCUGAUGAUGAGUCUGAAGAAAAUCCCGAUGAUGCGUCUGAAGGAAAUCCUGAUGAUGUAAAUAAAGGAAAAAUGGAUAACGAAUCAGUUGAAAAAUCCAAUGAUGUUUCUUCUGAUGAAAAAAGAACUGAUGAAAGUGAAGAAAAACCAAAUGAAGAAUCCGAGGAAAAUCUUCAGAAUGCAGAAAUUCAGGUUGGAACAAAUACAAAUGCUAAGGACUCAAAUGUGGACAAAAGUGACAAUUCUGAUAAAAUUGACUCAAAUGAUGAGAAAGCUACAGAUGUUGAAAUGUCUCAAAAUCCUCUUAUAGAUAAAGUUCCCUCGAUGGAUUUUGAUGUGUGUGAUAAUCUACUAGAAGCGGCUAUAUGUGAACAUUUUGAUCACUCUCCCAGCAUUACACCUCCUAAGUCAACAAAUGAUACCUUAGUACCAGCCUCAAAGAAACAAGUGGGUUCUAGUGAAGAACAAAGUGGUGACAUUGGUGAUUUACCCACUUUGAACAUAAGUGAUAUUCCGGUAGAAAACCCAACUGAAGUCUCAAACAAUAUGGAUCCUGUUGCAGAUGAAGGACCCCUUGUAAGCCCAGUGAUUCCAAGUGGACCCCCUGUGCAGAACACUCCUGAUGUGGAGGCCCAGUCUGAAGAGGAAUUGAACUGUCAGAUAGAAGAUGCACUAGCUGUUAUGGCUAAACUUUGCAGUGAUGACUCUGAUAUAGGGGGCCAAUCCUUGCCAAAUACACCUCAACAUAGUAGUGAGACACCACAGCAGAGAAGCAGCCCACUUAAGAAUCAAGAUGUCCCAAAACAGGAUAUACAGAAGGAGCAUCUCAAGAAAAAACAGAAGGAGUCGAAAUCUCGUCAGUCUUCAGUUGACUCAAGCACAUCGAAAACAAGUAAAGCAGAUAGUUUGAAAGACAAAGCUGCUUUUAUUAAACCCUUUUCAGUUCCUAAUACUCCUUUAUGUGAGAAGCUUCUAAGGCUCAAAGGAAAGAUAGAAAAGCGGAGACGACUUCAAAUUAAAUUAUACAGACUUCCAGUCCCAAAAGGAAAAACCGUUUGGAAAGUAAAAGGUGAAAAGAAACAUAAACAUGACAAAUCGAAACACAAAGAUCACUCAGAGAAGAAGGAGAAAAAGCACAAAAGAGACAAAGAGAAAAAACAUCACCAUAGUGAUAAACAUCAUCAUAAAGAUAAACAUAAAUCUAAGAACGAGGAGAAGAAAUUAAAAGCUCCCAAACCAGAUCAGGACAAAGGCAAGGGAUUCAAGAGUGUAGCAAUCAUUGAUACAUCUGAUUCUGACAGCGAUGUGGACAUAAAGAGCACAAUAAAAAACAUAAUCAGCAAAGACCCUGUAACUACAGAUGACUCAGAUAUUGAAGUACCCAAGAAAAAACAAUUAUUUACAUUCAAACCAAUAGGAAUUGAAAAAACGGAUCCAGUAAAAGUGCAAAAAGAAGCUGAUAAAAUCAAGAAAGAUAAGAAAGAAAAACACUCAGUGAAGCAUGAUAAACCCAACAAAUCAAAGCAUGAUUCUGAAAAUGAAAAGUCAAAGUCCAAACCUCACAAGUCUGAUAAGGAGACAUCAAGAGCUGAACCUAAGAAAAAGAAAUCACACACUAAGAAACUGGACCUAGAAUUCAGUGAUUCAUCAGAUGAUGAUUCAUUAAAAGUAGACAUGCCUAAAUCAUUAGAGCUUGAUAAAACAACAGUCAAGUCAAAGAAAACAACAUUGGAAUCAGAUAGUUCUGACAUUGAAACACUUGAAAAGAAGAAAUCUAAGUCAAACAAAAAGAAGGAAGAAUUUGAUGAAUCUUUGAAUGAAAGUGACAGUGAAAGAGAAUCAAAGUUAAAGAAAAAGAAGAGGAAAAAAUCAGAUGUGUCUUCUAAUGAUGAUGAACCAUCUGUGAGAGUCGACAAAUCAGAAAAAACAUCAAAUUAUGCUAAACUGGAGAAAGUGAAGGAAGAACCAGAGGGUGAACAAAAUGUUGAAAGAAUAUCAGAGAAAGUGAAAACGGAAAAACCAAAAAUUGAAAUUGAAAAAGAUUCAGUCAAAAUUAAGGAAGAACAUGACUCUAAUGAAGAAUUGAAAUCUUCAGACCAUGAAAGUGGAGAUAUUAAAAUUGAAAAGCCUGAAAACCUUGAUUUGGACAAUAUUAAAGUUGAAAAAUCUGAUAUUAAGAUUGAAAAUCCUGAAAAACUUGUUUCAGAUAAUACUAAUGUUGAAAAAUCUGUGGACGUAAAACCUGAAAAGGCUGAAAAAAUGGAAAUUCCCUCAAAAGUCAAAAUAGAGACUAUGUAUACUAAGACUGAAAGUGAAACAACUAUUGUUAAAAUGAGUUCUGGAACUCCAAAAUCUGAUGGAUUAUUGGUUAAGAAAAAGAAGCUCCCAAAAUCAAUGAAGCGUAGUGAGUGGCGGGAUCUGCAGUUUAAACCAGCCUUCCAGCCCAUGAUCCAUCUGACAGAUGUAAUGACCAUACACAAGACUGUGAAACGGUUUAAGCUCCACAGACGUCUCAAAUAUGCAUUGAAAGUCGCCAAAAAGCUGGACUAUGGCAAACGCAAAGGUGAGUCUGAGGAGACCAGUAUCCAAGCUCUACUCUGGAAGAAGUUUAGUUCAUCUAAUACGGAAGAAACUAGAAAAAUCCAGAAAACAAUUGAUAAAUUAAAAGGCAAAGAGAGCACCACGGAGGAGUCCCCUGUGAAACCAGACAUGAGCCACAAUCAGCCAAUCAGAGACAGCUCACCCCAAAGAGAGCCCAAACACGUCCCAGAUAUGACGAAGGGACUAUCAUCAAUAUCAAAAAUUUUCAAGAAAGAUCAAGAUAAAGAUUCAUCAAACAGUGACAAUGAAAGUAUAGAUACUUCUAAGCAUGUUGCUAAAAUUGAUGAUUCUAGCGAUAAUGAUGAUAAUAAUGUUGGUGAUGUUGUUGAUUAUGAUGAUGAUAUAUCUGUAAGUUCUAAAGGUGAAGAUAGGGUUAAGUCUAGUCGUGAUGAGCAUAGGGUUAAAGAUGAUGAUGAUAAUAUGUCUGUAAGUUCUACAAGUGGUAGUAUCAGGGGCAGGGAUAAGGAAAAACACAAAUCGGGUGAGGGUAGUAGAUCAAAAAGUCAAGAAAGUUCAAAAAGUAAGAUUGAGAAGAAACCUCCAGAAAAACCAGUUGGACCUAAAAAUGUGGAUGAAUGGAAGAGAGAGCGGGAACGUCUGCGUCUGGAGGAAGAGAAAGCACGCAAAGCAACUGCUGCUGAGGAUAAAGACAUGUUCGCAUCUGCAUUAGAAAAAGCUGCAAAAGUGAACUCAAAACUGAAGAAACCUAAAAAGCUAUCUUACCCUGAGUUUAUGAAAAAUAAAAGUGACCGUGAACGCUUGGAAGAGGUGAAGAAUACAAAGAUGAUGGCUGACCAAGCAGUCCCAAUGGGCAAAAAGGGUAAUCAGUAUCCAUUGCCCAAAUACAGGAAGCGUCCACUACCCGAGAUCAAAGCUAUGGGCAAUGUGGCUAACCCUCUUGAUGUUAUCCUCCCAACAGCUAAACUUCAGGAGAUUGAGCGGAAGAAGCAAGAGGAGAGGGAGAAAAAAGAAGCACAGAAAAGAUGGAUGGAGGAAUUGGAACGACGUAAAAGGGUCGAAGAAGAAAGAGCCAAACAAGAAGUCCUGAGAAGGCAAAGAAUGGAGGAAGACCGGGAGAGAAAUGAACAGCUGCGUAUUGAAAGGCAACAAAAGAUCAUGGAACACAGGCGUAAAGUUGAGGAGCGCCAUCUUGAAGAAGAACGUUUGAAACAGCAGAAGAAGUAUAAUGAGGAACAGCGACAGAAAGCUGAACAAGCAAAAAGAGAGAAAAUGAAAAUUAUGCAACAAGAAGAGCGAAGGAAGCAAAGUGAAGAAAGUAAAGAAGUGACGAAGAAACUACAUGUCUCUGGGAGUCCCUCACAUAACUUGGAGUUAGAAAUUCCAACUGGUUCUGAUAUGUGGUCACCUACAAGUAGGUCUUCCACCCCUACUGCUGGUCCUUCAUUCAGUCCAGAUGAUAACAGUUCUUCUGGUGAAUCACCAGGUGGCCCCAUAGAUGAUGAUGACUCACCUGGUCAACAUACACUCAACCUACCCUCCACUUCACAUGACACGCCUAAAGAUGUUCAAAAGAAAACUGAUAAAGCAAAGGGUAUUGAUGUUAAUACACUUGCACAAUUGUUGCCAAUCCUCCAAGCAGCCAAACCAACUGGUAAAGAAACUCAAAAAGAAAAGCAGUUGAAAGCACUCAGUGCUCUUCUCUUGGGUGUCAAGCAUAUAUUUGCUGAUGAAUCUGCCACGUCUUCCUCUAAUUCCCCAAAAGACACACCAUUAAAGACAAAAACAGACAGUUCAGGAAGUUCUGAGUCCUCUUCAAAGCCAACAUCCGUUAAAGGUUCACCGAGAGCUGUUAUCCCCCCAUCAGCAACUAUUUCAAAUGAAGCCUCAAAACCAGCAUCCCCCAGUGGAUCUAAAGUAUCUGCCGAUAUCCCAUUAGUAACAAGUGACAUGUCUGGAAAUAUGCCGUUGAUAACAAGUGACAUGUCUGCUAAUAUGCCAUUGAUAACAAGCGACAUGUCUGGAAAUAAGCCAAUGAUAACAAGUGAUGUGUCUGCUAAUAUGCCAUUGGUAACAAGUGACACUAUUUCCCAGCCACCCCUUAAGCCUCUAAGUACCCCUGCUGAGGAAGAACUCACUGUUGCUGAACCUAAAGCAAAGAGCGGAAUAAAGUUGAACUUGAAGAAUAUUGUUCUUGCCAAUACCGAUCAAAAGACAUCUGAAUCUGAACCAGCAGAACGAAAAGAGAAAGACAACAGAGUCUUAUUGGACUUGGCUAAAUCAAUUUUGAACAGAGUAAAACAGACUGGAGACGGUAUUUCUGAGUAUAACUCCCCUGUACCUAAUUCAACUGCACCUACAUCGAAAUACAGUUCUCCAGCCCCCAACUCCACAUCUUCAAUCCCUCCAGUGUCUCCUGAAGUUGAAUACACAAGUAGUCCUGACCUAAAGGAGAGAGAUCUUGAAUAUUUCAAUGUGGUCCCAAUGCAGUCAUUUAUGGGCCAUCAAGGUAAAGAUUUGAUGAACCUGGUGAAGUCGGAACUGAGUAAAGGAGGUUUGGAGAGAGAGGCGUGCAGGUCUCGUUCUGAGACACCUGUACCAUCUCCAGCAUCGAUUUUACAGCAGUCGGAUGCUCAGACUGACGAAGAUACAAUGAUGCAGCAAAAUGCUUACCAACCUCCACCCCCUCCACCACCACCUGAUGAUGAAACAUCAAACAGUGUGCCUGAUCCAUUCUUUAACAACACCAGCAAUGUGGCAAUCCCUGGCCUAUCCCCUCAAGGUGCUGAUGAUUCCCCUCAACCUAAACCAGUUGCUACUGUGCAAGGAGUACAGCAGAAUAAACCACAGCCACUUCUCCCCCCUCCUCCAUUACCCCCUAUACUGACAGGCAGACUAGGGGGACCACUGGGAGGCCCACCAAGGGAAAUGAUGAAGGGUAAUCUCCAGAGACAAGGCUCCAUACAAGGCCCAGAGGCAAUGGACUUGGAUGAUGACUCAGAAGACUGGAAUGAUCGCCCAUAUGAACAUCGUCAAGGGCAGAACUGGCAAGAACAAUGGAAUCAACAGAAUGAACCAUAUAAUGAAGACAUCCACAAGAUGCAUAAUGAAGAACACCAUAACCCAUACAACCAAAACAAGCCAUAUAAUAAAGAACAGCACGAUGAUUGGGAACAGGAGCCUGGAUAUAAUGAACACUUUGAUGAGCAGUUUGAGGAGGAUAAAUAUGCAGAAAUGUAUGGUGAACCAAUCCAACAAUUUGGCAAUAGAGGUAGGCAACAGAUGAGAGGCAGGUUACAGCGAGGGGGUAUUGGCUUGUCAAGGGGUAUCGGGCACCUGGGGAGAGGCAACUUCCAGAAUAUGCAAAGUAACCGACCAUCGUUCCAACAUAACAUACAAGAUGAUAUGGGCGUAAAUGACGAUGCUAUUUAUGAAGAUUUGCUCUCAAGGGGCCGGGGUAGAGGUCUCCAGUUUGGCAAUUUAGGAAUGAACCAAAGGGGAAGAGGAAUGAUUCAUAGGGGAAGGGGAACAUUACACGAAAGAAAAGGGAUGUCAAAGUGUGAAAUUGAAAUGCAACAGGAAGAAAUGGAUUUCCAGCAUGACGAUGUAGGAUUUCAAAAUCGUAGAGGAGGAAUGGUACAAAGAGGAAUGGGAUUACCCCAAAGAGGAAUGGGAAUGGCACAAAGAGGAAUGGGAAUGGCACAAAGAGGAAUGGGAAUAGAACAAAGAGGAAUGGGAAUGGCCCAAAGAGGAAUGGGAAUGGCUCAAAGAGGAAUGGGAAUGACACAAAGAGGAAUGGGGAUGGAACAGAGAGGAAUAGGAAUGACAGAUAGGGGAAUAGGGAUGGCAAAUAGAGAAAGGGAAAUGCACCAGGACAGAUUGCACCAUGAAAAUAUUGGAGAAAUGGGUGAUGCAGGUAUUUCUCAUGAAGGAAUGGGGAAUGUUCAAAGAGGAAUGGGUACUCCUCAAAGAGGAAUGAAAACACCCCAAGGUGGAAUUAGAAUGCUCCAAGGUGGAAUGGGAACACCUCAAGGAGGAAUGAGAACAUCCCAAGGUGGAAUGGGAACACCUCAAAGUGGAAUGGGAACACCCCAAAGUGGAAUGGGAAUACCUCAAGGUGGAAUGAGAACACCUCAAGGUGGAAUGGGGACACCUCAAGGAUUGGGUAUAUCUGGGGGGGCUAACCAGAGGCCUAGACUCAUGAGAGAUGGUUUCAAUAUGGGCAGAGACCCCUCACUACAAAGGAACCCUGGGGGAUUGGGAUUUCCAAGACAGCCUUUCAUGGGAGAUAAACCAAUGCCACCUAGGUAUGGAAAUAAUCCAAUAACACAACCAGUUAUAGCUGAAGUGAAACCCAAAAUUCCUUCAUUAUUUGACUUGGGAAAUGUUAAACCGCCAAUGGGGAAUGUAGGCAAGUUAGGCAAGGAAGAAAUGAGUCUCCAAGAGAAGAAAACUUUGCUUGAACAGCCUGCCAUUCUCUCUCUCCUUCAGCGCCUGGCACCAGAGGCUGCUCAAAAGGUACAGAGACAUAUAGAACAGCAAAAAUUAAAAAUAAUGGAGCAGCACAAACACAUGAAGCAAAAUGAACAGAAAACUCCUGAAAAGUCAAAAAGUCCAAAAAGAGCCAGGAAAAAAUCUGAAUCUAAAGGAAUGAAAGGACUCGUACCAUAUGAUUCCGAUGAUGAGGACGAAGGUGGACAUGGUGCUAAAGUAUUUGAUAAAACCAGGAGAGGUUACGACUAUGAGAGGAGGAGAUCUUCACAUAGAGAGGAUGAUGAACCGCCACAAAGAAAUCUUUACCCCGAACCUAGAAUAAUUGAUAAAACUGAGAGACCACGUAGUAGAGAUGAUUAUGGUGAAGAACGUGGCUAUCGAUAUGAUAGGCACAGAAGACACUCACGAUCUCCGCCAAGGAGGCCAAGGUCUCCACCUCCCCCAGAGCGGAGAAGGGACUGGGAAAUGAGAGAUUAUGAUUACAAUGAAUCUUCCAAAAAACACAGAAGACGGGAUAAAAAUAAAAGUCCUCGAGAUCAGUUUGGGCCUUAUAAUCCAGAUUAUGAACAGUAUGUAAAUCACAAGAAAUCAGGUAGAAAUUCUAGUCCAACAAAUAAAUCCAUGGCUAUUGAAGCUUUGGAGGAGAUGGACUUGGAGGAUGGGGAAGUAAUGGAUGUCGAUGACUAUAAUGAUCUAGAAAAAGCCAGAAAAGCAUUACUUGAAAAACUUGGUGAUUUAGAGGAAGACGAUGAAGAAAUAGAGGAAGGAGAAAUCCCAAGACGAGGUUCAGUGGGAAAUAUCACAGAUGACUUAUUAAAUUUAAAUCCGAAAGGUAACCCUCCUGGAAGUGGUGCAUCAAGCAUUGAGAAAGUUGAUCGUAAGCUUGAAAAGUCUACCAGUCUCGAUAAAACUUCAGAAGAGGGAGAGUUAAGAAGUGGCGACAAAACCUCAGAUGGUGAACUUAGUCCCUGGGAAUAAAUGAAACUCGGUAGUAAGCAGAAUUUGUUAAUUUAGUUUGUAAGAACAGUAUUAUUUAAGCUACUUAAAAUGUGUUCAAAGGGCCUAAUAUGAAAUAUAAUGGCUGGGAAGGUUUAUUGCAAAAUAAGCUGUUACCAACUUUUUAUGUUAGAAUAUAUAAGGUCUUGUAUAACAGGUUUAUACAGAUAUGGUGUGUUCUCAGAAACAUAAUGUUGUAUAUUUUUUAUUCCGGUGCUUUUUCAUUAAAUGAAAAAAAUAUGAGACUGGGGACAAUUUUUGGUAGUUUUCAGGGAUGGAUGAAGCCAGUACAGACAUGAGGCAGGUGAGGAUUUUGCCUCACCAAAACUUGUCAGAAAUAUAUUUUAACAUGUGUUUUUCAAAUAAGACUGUUGAAAUGAAGUCCAAAGGUAUUGAUUUACCUCAUUU